ACCAGAGCAACGAAACAUUGUUUUUGUUUGUUUUAUUACAAUGCGUGCAAAUACGGUGGCUGAGCGCAUCAUGCGCGUAAACUUGUUUUGGCCGCGGUCUGCGCGUGUUAUUUUUUUUUCCAAUUUAUUUUUAUCGUUUCGUGCUCGUCCUCUGGUUGGGUUGUUCGUUAAUUAAUUAUCUUUUUUGUUCCACGUCGAUCGAUGGCCAAAGACGAGGAGGAAGAUCGUCUUCCCGACAAGGACGCAGCCAAAGAGUUCUACGCCAAGUACGAGCCGAAGGAGAUCCUCGGAAGAGGGAUCAGUUCGACAGUGAGAAGAUGCAUCGAGAAAGAAUCCGGAUACGAAUACGCGGCGAAGAUUAUAGACUUGAGUAAUGAAUCGGCGGAAGGUAGCGGAGGAUUGUCCGCGCAAGAGGCCACAAUACAAGAAGUGCAAAUCUUGAGGCACGUCGCAGGACAUCAGUACAUUAUCGAACUGCAAGAUGUUUUUCAAUCCUCCACCUUCAUAUUUCUCGUGUUCGAGAUUUGCAAGAACGGCGAAUUGUUCGAUUACCUCACCAACGUCGUCACUCUCUCCGAGAAGAAAACCAGAUACAUAAUGAGACAGAUUUUGGAGGGUGUGCAAUACGUGCAUUCCAAAGGCGUGGUGCAUCGCGAUUUAAAGCCGGAGAACAUUUUACUAGAUGAUAAUCUUAAUGUGAAGAUCACGGAUUUCGGAUUUGCCAAGAAAUUGAUCGAUGGUGAGAAACUGCAGGAUUUAUGCGGAACUCCAGGAUAUUUGGCGCCGGAAACGCUGAAAUGUAACAUGUAUGACGAUGCUCCCGGUUAUUCUUCCGAGGUCGAUAUAUGGGCGUGCGGAGUCAUCAUGUACACGUUAUUGGUCGGAUGUCCUCCAUUUUGGAACCGGAAGCAAAUGAUUAUGCUGCGGAAUAUCAUGGAAGGGAAGUACUCGUUUUCGUCGCCGGAAUGGGCGGAUGUGACUGAACCGCCCAAGGAUCUGAUCAGAAGGUUGCUGGUGGUGGAUCCUUCCAAGAGGAUUUCCAUCUCCGACGCUCUCGAUCAUCCGUUCUUCCAGAGCGUGCCACUUUGGGACCAAGACAUUGCGCCUCUGAAGCACUCGCUUCGAAGAAACAGUUGCAGAUACAGCCGAAUCUCGGAGAUCGCCAUGAAAUUGCAACAAAGGAAAUUCGAUGCUAGGCAAAAGUUCCAGAGGGCCAUCCUCGUGGUAAGAUGCAUGGUGCGGCUCAGCCGGCUGCGAUUCACCCCGGAACCGUUGAGUCUGACCGUGGCCAAAGUCGAUCCUUACAGGAUUCGGGUUCUCAGAAAAAUGAUCGAUGGUUGCGCUUUCCGCGUUUACGGUCAUUGGGUGAAGAAGGGCGAGGGUCAAAAUCGGGCCGCCCUCUUUGAGAACCAACACAAAACGGAGCUAAAACACAUCUACGUUUCCAAUCUAAGCAGAUGAUGACGACAAUACUCUAGCUUUUAUUUUUUGUAGUGAUGAGUGCAAGUCGACUGUUUGUGCUAUGAUUUGUUGUCUUAAUUUAUGAUUUUAUUGUUUUUUUUUUUGUAGACAUAAUAUUUGCAUGUUCUCAAACUCUUUGUCUGAAAUAUCUAAUUCGUUGAUGAACUUUACAAAUUCACAAGCAGAGAUUAUGUGUUUUGUGCGAUUAGUUAAUCUUAAAUUAUGACCAAAAGUUAUUAAAUUAUACUUAUUUUCUUUUAGAUACAAA